AUGUUGAAUCGCCUGGUUGCCUGUUCAUUGUUGUUCUUUUUCUAUUUGACGACUUUAGUUCAAUCACAUAAUGUUUUGUUACCACCAUAUGGUCGUAGAUGUUUCUUUGAGGAAUUAAAGAAGGGUGACGAAUUGUCUAUUUCAUUCCAGUUUGGUAAUAGAGACCCUGAAUCAAGUGAUCAAUUACGUGGUGAUUUCAUCGUUUUUGGAUCUGGAAGAAACGAUAUCAUAUUAAGUUCAAGAGACACUGCCCAUGGUGAAGAAACAUUAUCAGCACCAUAUGCUGGUAGAUUUGAAUACUGUUUCCUAAACGAAAAUUCCAAUAUACAAACUAAGGAUGUGUCCUUUAACAUAUGGGGUACCAAAUAUAUCGAUUUGGAUGAUGAAAAUGGUGAUACUCUAGAUAGUGCCGUUAGAAAAUUGUCUAAAUUAAUUAAUGAAGUUAAAAAUGAACAACAAUAUAUUAUCAUCAGAGAAAGAACCCACAGAAACACUGCUGAAUCUACAAAUGACAGAGUUAAAUGGUGGUCUAUCUUCCAAUUGGGUGUCGUUGUCGUCAACUCCAUCUUCCAAAUUUACUACUUAAAGAGAUUCUUCGAAGUUACCUCUUUUGUUUAA